AUAUUAAAAUAGACUGCAAAUAGGACUAACUAACAGAAGCUUAAAACAGGGCUUCCAGGCGCCUUAAGCAAAAUCGAUUAUAUGUUUUCAACUACUAAUGCCUGGAAAAUAUAUGCUGUUGACUACAGGCUCGGUUCACAUCAGUCUUCCUUACUUUUGCAGUUUUUCAACAUGAUUCCCUUCUCGAUGGACCUCACAGAGGUCCAGAAACGAAUAGAUAAAGUCACUCGGUUCUUAGGUGCAACUCUGACUAUCGCCAACGCUCACACUGUGGAGUUCUACACUCACGACGUGUGGAGCCGUUUUGUGGCCGUGUCAUCCGAGGAGGUUCUGUCUGCCAUUGGCACAAGCGGCCACCAGGGGGAGCCACAAGUCAUAAAAGAAGAGCAAUCCAAGACCACAUUUGGGUUUUGCCACGAUACAAACCGCCUGGUCGAUGUCCAUGAACUUUUGCGAGAAGCAAAGGCCCACUCAAUUCCUGGUCUGGGACUCUGCAUGAGCCGCAAUGAGCUUCUGGAGGUCCUCAGACGAAACAUGUCUGAAUUGGGCGAUACUUCCACGGAUGAGUUGGAGCCGGACGAGUUUAUGAACACAAAGAAAUCCCAUGAGGUCCAAUCCAUGUCGGAGGUGGUGGACUGUUUAGCCAAGUGCUGUGGAGUCAAGCAGGAAAGUAUGAUAUCUAAAUGUAAACAUGUGAUAGACGUGGGUUCAGGGAAGGGCUACCUGAGCUCCUUCCUGUCCCUGCAGCACGGCCUCCGGGUCUUCGGCAUCGACUCGUCCAGCACCAACACCCACGGAGCCCAGGAGAGAAACCGGAAGUUGAAGAAGUUCUCCAAGGUCUACCACAAACGCAGAAAGGCUAAAAGGGAACAAGAAGAAGAAGAGGUUGCAGAGCUGAAAGCUGGAGAUGAAGGUGGGCCACGGGAGGUUCUGCGGAUACCAGACUCUGCAGAGGACACAGAGGAGCUCUUCCUCAGCGCCUUGUCAUUGGACGUGAUGCAGCCCGGGAGGACGUCUCCUCGGUCGCUGACUGAUGAAGAGAGGGAGAGGAGGAAGAAGGAAAACCUGGAGAGGAAAGCCCAGAACAGGAAAAGCAACACAGACGCCGUCUUUUCACCGCUCACGUCAUACGUUACCGCGGAAACGGAGCUUCGGGAACUCAUCGAUGACCUGGAGGAUGCGGUCUUGGUGGGCCUGCACACGUGUGGCGACCUGGCUCCAAGCACUCUCAGGAUGUUUGUGGCCAAAGCGGAGCUGCUGGCCGUCUGCAGCGUGGGAUGCUGCUACCAUCAGCUCUCUGAGGAGUUUCAACCUGACCUGCAGGAUUGUUUGGGUUCCGUGUUCGGGUUCCCUUUGAGUCAGCACCUCCGCCGCCACUCGUGGUUUUGCGGCAGAAACGCCCGCAUGUCGGCGUGCUUGGCGCUGGAGAGAGUUACAGUGGGCCAGGGGAUCCAAAUGGAGUCUCUGUUCUACCGGGCAGUCCUGCAUGUUAUCCUCAGGGAUCACUACCACACCCAUAAAAGUGAAAAGCGAGUGGGGAACGUCUACUCCAAGUCUAAAUCCUUUGAGGAUUACAUUCGGCGGGCUCUUCGAAAACUGGACCUGGACGAUUCGCAACUUUCUGACGGGGACAUCCGACGGUACCACGAUGACUUCAGCCCGCGCCGGUCAGAAAUGCAUGCCUUUAAUCUGUUGAAGGUGACUCUUGCGCCCUGCAUUGAAGGCCUCAUUCUCUUGGAUCGCCUCUGCUUCCUUAAAGAACAGGAAGAUGGAUCUUUCGCUGCUUUGGUGCAACUUUUCGACCCGCUUCUGUCACCAAGAUGUUACGCUAUCGUAGGACUGAAGGACCAAAGGAACAGGAAGCAACCAAAAGGCGAUGGCAUGAAUUCCUAGGAUUUGCUUUACAUCAUUUAAAAAAUGAAUUGGACUUUUAACAAAUGAAUUGGACUUUUACUGAUGAGCUUCUCAGAUGGACUGUAACAAUAAGGUCGUACAGUCAAACAAUCUCGGUGGCAACUUUUUUGCCCACUUGUGACGCCAAGGUACUACAUUACUGUUGGAUUGAUGGACCAUACAAACAGUAACCAAAAGGUAUUGCUAAUCAUUCCUAAGAUCUGUUUUCCGUGACUUUAAAAGUAAAGUGAGGUUUUUCUGAU